GGACGUUUUGUAAAUGGCCAACCAAAACAUUUUACAGAAUAUUUGUAUUAUAUAUCCCUCCGUAAAUAUGUUGAAUUAGAAUUACAAAAGCACGAAGAUGGUUGACAUAUUUUAUUUUAAAACAAAGCGCGUUAUUGGUUCUAAGUUUAUCUUUUUGUCCUGCGGGAGUUUCAUUCCCAUGGUUUGCUUUUGAAGGAGCAGCACCGGAACUAGCCUGUCUACGGAUUGAUUUUGUUGUUUACUGUAUCAGGAAUGCUAGCUACCUAGAUAAACUAUGCCGAGUUGAGCUGAAAAGAAAGUUAAAUCUCACAUUAUUCUAUUAGAUGAUUAAACUAAGCGGUGUUUGGGUUUGAGGCAACGUAUUUGGACUGCUGCAGUAUCGUUUGGGGCCAAGAUGAUCGAGGUGGUGGCCUCCAUGGCCCGAGGCCCUGUGUUCCUCGCCGGGGAGCUCAUGGAGUGUCUCAUAACAUUCACCAACCCGAUGUCCCAUCUUUCCACGUCUGCCAGCAGUGAAAUGCUAGCAUGGGCCAGCGCCCAAAUCCACUGCCAGUUUCAUGCCAGUGAGAGCAGAGUGGCCCUGCCGGCUCAGGGAAACAAACAGGACGUCCAGGCCGAGAGUGAUACCGUGCUUAUUCCAAGCAGAGGAGAGCGAGGACAGUGUGUGCUGGAUACACCACCCAAGAUUCUUUUCUGUGACCUGCGGCUGGACCCCGGGGAGAGCAAAACAUAUUCAUACAGUGAGAUGGUUCCAAUAGAUGGUCCUCCCAGUUUCCGUGGUCAGGCGGUGAAGUAUGUCUACAAAUUGACAAUUGGCUGCCAGCGAGUCAACUCUCCUAUCAAACUGCUGAGAGUUCCCUUCAGAGUGCUGGUUCUGCAGGGUAUGCCAGAGCCUUCCUUCCCCCAGGAUGAGGAAGUUUCCCCCUCUAACCCAUUCCUGGAGGAAGAGGAAGCAAGCCACAGGGACGCUCGUCCUUUAGAGAGAGCUCUGGACAUGCUGAUGGUCAGCACCUCCAGGCGCUGCCCCCACAUGUUCAAUAUCACCAACAUGCGAGGGAAAGUGGCAAAGUUCUGCAUCUUUAAGACGGUUUAUAGACUCGGGGAGGACAUUAUCGGCACCUUCAACUUCUCUGAAGGAGACAUUCCCUGCUUGCAGUAUUCAGUAAGCCUUCAGAGUGAGGAGGAGAUCCAGCAGCCUUAUCAACGGCGUCCUGGACAGGCCGUCAGUGUGACCGGACAUGGGCGACACAUGGAGUCCUGCCUUCACACGGCCUCCAGCCAUUUUUCCCUCCCUGUCCCUUUAAACGUCACCCCGGGGUUCAGCACAGACACAGUGAUUUUAAGGUGGCGUCUUCACUUUGAAUUCGUCACGGCUCGGGAGCCAAUGGAACCACCCACUGUGCUGCAGAACCAAUCAGAGGUCACUGUUUGGACCGGGGCAGAGAACGUCGACGUGGAUACCUUCAGCUGGGACCUGCCAAUCAAAGUCCUACCCACUAACCCAGCCCUGGCGUCCUACAUGUCCCACUUCACAGGAACCAACAGCAUUAAUAUCUGACCUCUGCGUGUGAUAUGAACUCUAAAUGUGUUUCUAAAGGAUGGCUGCCUUGUUCUGUGUGAGUGUGUGUCUGUUAACGACAGAGAGAGACGUUUGUUCUUCCAGAGGAGGAAUUCAAGUAAAGAAAUGGCUGUUCAGGUGCAAAGGAGUGUUCUUGUUGUUCUCCACUUGAUUUCAAAGCCAGUGAUGUAUUCUUUAUUAGGUUUUCUGCUGCGUACAGCAGCUUUGUUUGCCUUUUUAUUUAGGAUUUUGCAUUGCGCCUAUUACACCUGCAAUCAUAAUAACUGCCCACAAACACAAUAAACCACAAACGUAAUACAAAUCUGCAUUUUUUUUAUGGAAUAAUCCCACAAAUGCAACAGCAGUUACCUACUAUAGAAUUCCCACUAAUGUAAUAAUUAUUAUAUUUGCAGGGAUUUAUUACAUUUGUUGGAGGGUAAAAAUCUCCAGCCUUUAAAAAUUGUGAUAACUUCCCACAAAUGUAAUGUGAACAUGAAAUUAAGUGUUUGUGCUCAUUGUUUGUUUGUCGUACCCUUUUUACAUCUGCCAGUGGGUUCAAGUCAGCUAAAGCUCAAGUCACAUUAGAAAACAUAGUCAUGGUGAUUUUUUGUUCACCAUGAAACAGGAAGUUUGUUUUUUUUUCCAGAGUAUUAAAACACUGGUAGAGCCAUGAAUCUUAGCACAGUGGAUUUGAAAUCUGAACAGACACACUGUUCACCCAGCCAGUUCUAAUGUUUUACGACAACUUAUAACCCCUGUUCACUAAAGAUUUGUUUUUUUAUUUUAAAUGAAGUUUUUGCACUUUCUAUUACUGUAACUUGCCAGCACAGCCUCAGCCUAUGAGUUUUGUUCACAUACAGAUUUUUACCAUUUUUUCAGCUCUCUGAGAACUGUAAAAUUACUUAAAUUUGGAUCAGAGUAACCCCCUCUGAUGCCUUGAUUUAAGAAGAACAAGCAACAAAACUUUCCCAAAUUGAUAUCAUUCCUCUCCGUUUCUCAUUGAAAACUUGUGCAAAGAUUCAGGGCUCUCCAAGGGUUUUAAGAAUCUGGAAAAAACAACUUCCUGUUUCAUGGUGAACAAAAAAUUGAGAUUAAGCUGACUUAAACCCACUGGCAGUUGUAAAAAGGCUACAAACAAUAAACAAUGACCACAACUUACAUUUUUAAUGUUCAGAUUACAUUUGUGGGAAGUUAAUAAUUAUGUUUGCAGCUGGCAACUGCUGUUACGUUUGUGGGAAAGUUAUUAUGUUUGCAGGUGUUACAGUGUCUAAGCCCAACAAACGUCUUCUUUUUGGAAGAUUUUCUAUCACUGACGUUUUAGAGUUCAACUAUUUCUGGGGUUGUUGAACAUCCCCAUAGUUAUUUCAUUUUGACUCAUCUCUGAAAGUUUUUUAAAUUUUACCAUCUUUCUUUCAGCUUGAGCAAAAACUGAUGUAAAUACUACAUAAGAAAACC